AUGAACGUAGAAGUAGAGAUGUUACCUUCGAACACGCUCGAGGUGGAAGUCGGGAGUUCAUCGCCUCCGAGAGAAUACGAAACGAGCAAUAAAAGUCUCCUCUUGGAGACGAUCCCUGGCGAGUCGCAUACCGAAACAACAGCUUGUCGUUUGUUAGAGGCGGAGGUCGUUGGUCGAUGUCAGGAGGAAAGCAACGAGACGGUUAAAACUAAAACUAUCCUCGAGUCCGAGUGUUGGAAAAAGAAUAUCGAAUCAGCUGGUAGUAGCAGGUCCGUAAAUAAUGGAUCACGUCAGAGCUUUUCCAAGGUUUCCGCAUCCUUGCAGAGCCUCGUUCGUCGAAAGAGUCGGAAAUACGGCGCGUCCUCGUUACCCUUGGACGUAGAUAUUUCGACGUACUCUGCACAUCCUAGCUGUCUUCUCGAGGCACCAAGGGAAAAUGGUGUCGUCGAUAUUUACAAAAGAAACGGCGAGGAAACCACUUGCAUCACCACGCGCACAUCGACACUUAUUUAUGCUUCUUCCGUGCAACUAUAUUCCAGAGGUGACAACAACGUGCAAGAUGUUUCCUCGUCGACGAAUAACGUCGCGAUCGUCACUACUACCACCAGUACCAACAACGUAACUUGUUCGGUCAGUGGAAGUCGUCUUGGUAAUACCGCCUCGUCUUUGAUAAGAACAACCAGCGUGAUCACGGCAGGACCUUCCACAUCUUCCUGGAACAAUUCCGCGGAAGAGGAGUUGGAUUACGUUGUCGACCCGGUUCAAGGAAAUGCCUAUUACAAGGGACAACUUCUUGGCAAGGGUGGAUUUGCCAAAGUUUUUCUCAUGACCGAUGUCAGUAAUGGAAAUGAAUAUGCCUGCAAAAUUAUUCGGAAGAAUCGGAUGCAAAAAAUUCAUAUGCAGAAGAUCGCACGCGAGAUUAUGAUCCACAAAGAGCUGAAUCACGUGAACGUUGUCCAGCUGCAUCACUACUUUGAGGAUAACCUUAAUGUGUAUAUGCUUCUAGAAGCCUGUCCUCGAAAGAGCUUGAUGCAUGUGCUCAAGUACCGUGGCAAAGUUACGGAGCCGGAAGCACGCUAUUACAUGAAACAAAUGGUAACGGGCGUUGCGUAUAUUCACUCUCAGAAAGUUGUUCAUCGAGAUUUGAAGCCAGGUAAUAUGUUCCUAUCGGACCGUAUGAUUGUCAAGAUCGGGGACUUUGGACUGGCGACAAGGCUUGACGGACAGUGCAGACGGGUGACGAUAUGCGGAACACCGAAUUACAUUGCGCCGGAAGUGUUGUAUAAGCAAGCAUACAGUUACGAGGCGGAUGUUUGGGCGCUCGGAUGCAUACUUUACGCCCUAUUGGUAGGGCAACCACCUUUCGACACAGCGUCUCUUAAGGAAACUUACGCUAGAAUAUGUAACAAUCAUUAUCGAGAGGUUGACGAUUCGAUAGCGAGCCGAAACGGACAAGAUCUCAUCAGGUGGCUUCUGCAGCCGAAUCCUGAACUCCGGCCGUCUUUGGAAAGAGUGAAGGAACAUGCUUAUCUUACCAAGGAAUAUGUACCAACUUCCUUACCUCGCAUUUCUUGUUUCCAAAUGCCACGUACCUCUAUAAUCGAUUCAUCGCCUUCAUCCAAUUCUAUAACGUCUAGGAAUCAAAAACUUAAUAAUACUCAGUUACAGGUUCAUACUAUCCAGCAAUCUCAACAGCAUCAGGACCAACGGCAUACACAACAGCAUUAUCAUCAAACAAAUCUUUCCCAGAAAAAUUUACGAAAGUCGAAAGUGAUCAGUUGGUUAGCCAGAAAAUUUCGAAAAGUGCCAAAAUUCAGACAAAGAUUAAACAGUGUUCUUUGUCCAGAUCAUAAGAAAACGGGAUACACCGCUCAGAGUAUGCAAAUGCAUCAAGCGUUAGAAAGCUGUGUCACAGAAAUUAAAUGUAGAAACAAGCUACGUAAUCAUCCACCUGUAAGGGAUGUUGUACCUCUGUUCAUCACUAAAUGGAUCGAUUAUUCCAACAAGUAUGGCCUAGGCUUUCAGCUCUCCGAUAAAUCUGUCGGCAUUUUAUUCAACGAUCAUACAAAAAUUAGUUACACACAUGACAGAAGAAGGGUGGAGUAUGUGACAACCGACGAUGAAGUAACAAAAUAUCAUAGAGAGGAAGACGUUCCAGCUGCUUUGCAGAAGAAACUUGUACUAUUGCAACGUUUUACACAGUACAUGGAUAAAUUUAUGACUGAAGGUGGUGAAAUUAAAAAACAACGAGUUGCAUCAAAACACUCAAAAAACGUUUGUGUACCGCGAAUGAGAAGAUGGUUAAGAACUGACAAGACCAUUAUGAUGGAACUGUCAGUACCGCUUUUACAAGUGAAUUUCUUCGAGGAUCAUACAAAAUUGGUAGUCUCGCAAGAAUCCUCUAACAAAGGACACCUAAUCACAUAUAUCGAUACCAGUAGACGUACAUCUUCAUAUUGGCUAAACGAUAUACGAGAUUUUGGCUGUACAGCAGACCUCUACGAGCGUUUAUAUUAUGUUUACAAAGUAUCUAAAGAAUUUGCAGAAAUGCAUAAUAACACAAUCGCUUGACUAUCAAAGAUACAUCGGAACGUGUGUUACUCGUUAAACGAUUGAAGUUUAUACUUUAUGCGAAAUAUUAUUGCAGUAAAAAUAAAUAUAAAUAUUAUAUAUAUAUACUUCUUGUUUCGUUAGCUGUGCUCGUUCGAUUUUUUAUACGGUUCUUUAUUUUUCAUGUUUAAAAUU